ACCAAUGGGCUUUCCACGAUAAAUUUGUCAUUUUGUCAUUACAACGUGUUCCCGGUCGCAGAGCUUUUAACGAGUUUCUGUACCGUUGUUUAAAAUGGAUUAUAAAAAUUGUAUUAUAUUCUUAGGGCUUGUUUUGAGUCUAAACUACGUUUGUUGUCAAUAUAGGACAAAAAAUACUCAAGGCUCCUCUUUAUCAGAUCGUGUACAACAAUUGUCGGAGCUAGCCCUCACAAGACCUGUAAUAAAAUUUAAUGGGGCAAAGUUUAAAGAAUAUGUCAGAACUACGCCAAGAAAUUAUUCUAUUGUGGUAAUGUUCACUGCCAUGGCGCCGCAAAGGCAGUGCCAAAUAUGCAGACACGCGAAUGAUGAGUUUGUAAUAGUCGCAAAUUCAUUUCGGUAUUUACAAUCUCAUUCAAAGAAAUUAUUCUUUGCAUCUGUAGAUUUUGAUGAAGGGUCUGAUGUAUUUCAAAUGAUGAGACUAAAUACUGCACCAGUAUAUAUGCAUUUUCCACCAAAAGGUAAACCAAAGCCAGCAGAUACUAUGGACAUUCAAAGAGUUGGCUUUGGUGCAGAAGCGAUUGCUAAGUGGAUAUCUGAACGUACUGAUAUUCAGAUUAGAGUGUUCAGACCACCAAAUUAUUCUGGAACAGUAGCAAUAACAAUGUUUCUAGUACUUAUUGGAGGGUUCUUAUACCUGAGACGUAAUAACUUAGAUUUCAUUUAUAACAAAACAAUUUGGGGAUUUGGUGCACUGUUCUUUACCCUCAUAAUGGUAUCUGGCCAAAUGUGGAAUCAUAUUAGGGGGCCACCAUUCAUACAUAAACUAUCUAAUGGAAACGUGGCUUACAUCCAUGCUUCUUCUCAAGGUCAAUUCAUUUUGGAAACGUAUAUCGUUAUGGUUUUGAACGGAGCGGUGGUAUUAGGUAUGAUAUUAAUGAUUGAAGCAGCAUCGCGCAAAGGUGAUGUGAAAAAACGAAGAAUAUUUGCUGCAAUAGGUGUCGGAUUAGUCGCCAUUUUCUUCAGCCUCCUGUUAUCAAUAUUUAGGAAUAAAGCACAGGGCUAUCCAUAUAGCGAUGAAUAAUUGAUCUGUUUCAGCUUACUAUUCAAAUAGGAGAAUAUCUGUAGGAAGUUAUUAUUUGUAUAUAUUGCAAAGGGAAUUUCUAACUUGCCAGGCGAGGUUCCACGAUAAAUUGUAUACAAGGAGGAUGCUCGUAAUAUUUUACAUCUAAUCAUUGUUAACACAUUGUAUCAUAAAUAUAAUUUGCAUUUCUUUGUACGUAAUGCAAAAUAAAUUAAUAUUUAAGAUCACUGUUCUUUAACAGAAAUUGCUUACACUGUUGAACAUGUGUACAAUUUUAAAAGAUAUAAAUUUCUCAUAUCAUUUACUAUUAUUAUUUUAUAGUAUGUUUUAUUACACCGUACACACUGUUUUCCGGAUAACUGAUCGCAAAUCGGGUAGCGAUUUUUUUCAGAAGUCCGCCAUCUUUAUUUGAGACUAAGACCCAACGUUGCGCGAACCGUCUGAUGAAGAUAAUGAACGAGACACGCU